ACCUAGACCCAUUUGAUUGAAGCCCGCCUGUGUGGAACACAGUGACGCACAGACACACACAAACGCGCACUAAAAGAAACACAACUCGGGACCAAAACCAGAGGUUUAGUCACCGGACUUCACUUCCGAUUCACCAAGAGAGACUAAAGACCAAAAGCAACGACUUGGUACAGUAGCCUACUGUUAUCCGCUAUAUUGGAGGUUUUAGCAGUACUUUGAUAACAUUGAUCUUCACAUAGUAGCCUGGUGCGUCGGGACUGGCUACUACUGCUGAGAGAGAGAGAGAGAGGGGGACACCGAAGAGUUUAUCCCUGUUUGACUUUGUCUAUUCUUCUUGAAAAAUAUGUCCGCACUAAUGGAACAACCCUUUUAUGACGACUCGUUUCUCUCUGCUUUCGGCCGUCCAGGAGGCGCUGCUGCCCCGCCACCGGACCCCAAGCUGCCCCGGCAGCAGAACAUGACCCUGGACCUCUGCGACCCCUACCACCGCUCCUCCUCUCACCUCCUCAAGCCGCACCACCUGCUGCGCGCCGCCGCGGCCGAUGGUGACUUCUGCCCGAGCGUGCACGCGGACGUCGGCUCUCUGAAGCUCUGCGCCUCGAACCCCGACCUGGAGCGACUCAUCCUCCAGAACAGCACCGGAACCCCCACCAUCACCUCCACCUCCACCCCCAGCGGGUUCACCUACAGCCGCAGCAUCACCGAGGAACAGGAAGGCUUCGCGGACGGUUUCGUUAAGGCGCUGGACGACCUGCACAAGAUGAACCAAAUGGCGCCGCCCCCCAACGUGUCCAUCGGUGGCGGGACCCUCGGUACCCACAGCGGGGGGGUCCCCGCCUCCUCGGUGUUCGGCUCCUCGCUCCAGGCCGACCACCACCACCUCGAAUACACCAACCUGAGCAACUGCACGCCGAACAACGCCAACAUGUCGUCCUCUGCGCCCAGCUACCCCUCCACCACCAUCAGCUACCUGCCCCAUCACCAGUACCCCCACCACCACCACCACCAGCUGCCCCCCCAGGCGCACGGGUCUUCCCACCACUUCCAGCACUCCCUGCCCGGCGCAGGGAUCCUCCACGCGCAGCGCUACGGAGGGCUGAUGAAGGAGGAGCCGCAGACGGUGCCUGACCUGCAGAGCAGCGACUCCGGCUCCCCGGGGCCGAUGUCCCCGAUCGACAUGGAGAACCAGGAGCGCAUCAAGGCGGAGCGCAAGAAGCUGAGGAACCGCCUGGCCGCCACCAAGUGCCGGCGGCGGAAGCUGGAGCGCAUCGCGCGGCUGGAGGACAAGGUGAAGCUGUUGAAGAACGACAACAUGGGGCUGUCCAGCACCGCGUCCCUGCUGCGGGAUCAGGUGGCCCAGCUCAAGCAGAAGGUCAUGACGCACGUCAGUAGCGGCUGUCAGCUCAUGAUGCCGCCUAAAGUCAAGUCUUACUGAAGACUGAAGUAAACGCACUUUUUCUGGAGCUGCUGAACAAUACAGGAGAGGACAUGGUUGGUCGUGGAGCGACACUGGGGAACAAAUUAGAGAAGUUCUGGUGCGUAUGGAGACGAGGAGACGUGGAGGACUAUGGACUUUAUAUGGAGGCUAAGUGAUGUGGAGGGUGGUUGUCUUGCCUUCAGGGACCACCAGAGAGACGCACUUAAAAGACUGAAACACUUUGGGGCAUUUGGAACAAGUUUUGAUGAUGUUCUUGUCUUUGGCUUUGCCUGUUUACAUUCGACCGUGACGCGUUCAUGUGGUACUUAACUUAUUGGUUUCUCGGGCCGAGCCUGAUUGGUUGUGUUUUUUUGUACAGUAUAUAUAUUUAAGUAAAUAAUAUGAAUUGAAGAAAUGUGUUGGGCGUUCUUUUGAGGGUGGCCGAUGCCCAUAUUUAUUGGUGGUAUUGAUUGCCGUCAAGUAGCCUACAUACCAUUGGUUUAUUUUGCUAUUAAUUGUCGUUAAAAUUAAACCACUUUUAUUUUGCCAUUAGGUACAUAAAUAAUUCAUAUUUAAAAUAUAUUGGUUAAUUAUUUUGCUAUGAAUUGCCGUUAAAAGCCCAUAAUGUCUUUUGAACCAACCAUGUCUGGUCGCUGCAGUGCAUCAGUCGACCAGUAGGGUGCCUCGACUGGUUCCGCUCUGUGCGUCCCGGCGUGGGACGGUUCUCUUGACGUCAGGACAGGCCCAUUUAUGGUCAAACCUGCCGGCUGACGUAAUAUACCAGCAGGUUUCCGGGAACUCCUGCCUCCUACAGAGCCGGUGGUCAGACCCUGACACUCACUGCCCUGGUUUCCCCAGUAAGGCCAGUAAAUGGUUUAUUUCCAACAGGGGACUUUCCCCGCAAUGGUAUUUCUACUUCCCCAAAACAAGGCCUCGUGAUCAUUGCGAGGCCUUCUUAUAAAGAUGUCACGGCGUGUUCCCUUUAGAUGCAAUCUAAGCCUUUUCCCCCCAAUUGCCAAACUGAACAGCUAGUUGUGUGUAAACCUCUGGUCGCGUCAUAACAGGUAUGAUAUGGGAACCAUAAAAUAGUCAUUACGGUCGAAGUUUUUAAACGUCCGUAAGACAACUAAAACCGCAACCAACUAAAAUAACGAGAUCCAAACCUAGUCCAAUGCUGCCACCUAGUGACGGAAAAGGGCACAACAAGGAACUACCAAGACACGAUCGAUGCUUUAUUAAAGAGCAGACAAUACAAAUAAUACCAUCCAGAAUAUGUUAAGUGUUACCAGUUUCAGUGCUCGGGACUUGAAAAGUAUGCCACAGUUAACUAUCCGGAAGAGAUUGGUUUAACACGGUCAGUAAUAAUACAAGUCGACUUGGUUCUGGGGU